ACCAUAAUGAUCAAGACUCAGAUCUACUUUCACUGUUCGGAAACUAGUUGUUUUGUUAUUCAGUAAACUCAUUGUAUUACAUACUUCAAGAACAUUAGCUUGUUUAUCUCAAUAACGUUUACCGGUGGUGAAGAUCUACACUAGGCACCAUGUCAACAGCGGAUGUUAAGGUCGUUGUCUUGCGUUCACCAAAUAAGAAAAAACCAGGUUAUUUUACCUUAAGUAUCGAUAUCGUGCCAAAGAAAAAUGCAGAUUCCGUUAUAAAGAAAAGGCAAAAAGAGAAUUAUGAAGUCGAUGAAUGUAUUGUGCCACCAACGUCUCCCGAUAUUGAACUGCCUUUGGAUAAGGACAAGAAAUGCAAGGUUAAAUUAAUCAUCGAGGGAGGUCUCAAGCCAGCUGCAGUUAUGCAUGACGGCGAAGAUAUUAUAGAGUAUUCGGAAAAAGGUGCCCGAAAAGUUCUGCUUUUAGUUCCAAACAAUGUAUCGGACAAUGCCAGCAUUGUUUUCAAAGUCGGAGGCAGGUUCAAAGAAAGGAUAAACAUUGUUGAUGUCCCGUGUCAAACGGAAACAGUUUCUCCAGGACUAGCUGCGUUGAACAUCUCUGGUGGCGCCACUUCAAGAGACCAGACCUCUGUGAUUAUGACGAAUGCAGAUACUAGUAGUACAGGAGACUCGACAGAAUUAAAGACGUCAUACAGAGGUGGUGACACGAGCUAUGACGCGGGUAAUCUUGCAAAACCCGUCCUUCCGAAUAGUGGGGUGACAUCAGUUCCUGAUGUCUCAGAUGAUGUCGUUGAGGGCGCUAUGCCAGUUUCAUCCACAACUCCAACGUCAGGUGGGCAAUUUCCUGAUGGCGGACAACCGCUUAUGGCUGAGCCAGUAGCUCCAGCACGUGGACCAUUUCCUGAUGGCAGUCAACCGCUUAUGGCUAAGCCGGUAUCUCCAGCACUUGUUGACCAAAACAGGUCACAGCCCCAGUUUACUGUUGCUCCUGGUCCUAGCGUCCAGGAAGGAUCUUCGUAUGAGGCAGAUGAAUCGGCCUACAAAAAUCUGCUAAGCAACAAAUCACUGAAGGUUCUUGCAAAUGUUAUCGGGCCAAAUGACUUCAACGCGCUAAUCAUUCUUCUGGAAGUACCCGCAGCAACGGUUCAACAAGAACGACGUAAUCACCCAGGCGAUAUUGGGUCAGCAAACUUUGUAUGCUUACACCACUGGCGCAGCAGUGCGGGAUUAAAGGGGGAGAACUCUCAGGAAGCCGACAAAGACCUGUUUAAUAAACUUAUCGAAGCACUGACUGAGCUCAGAAGAAUUGACAUUAAGAGAGUUUUGCUGAAGGUUUUAGAGGAAGGCCCAAGGCAUCUGAGUGAGAAAGAUUUCCCAUACAUGUAAUGUUAAACUCACUCGAUCACUUAGUGUCGAGUGAGCUGUAUUGAUCGUAUGAUGUCUGUUGUCCGUCCAUCGUCCACAAUUGCUUCAAACUCUUUUUUCUUAACCACUUUGUCAUUUCAGUCCAACCCUACACAUACUACCUGUAUGACCAUCUUCCAAUAAAAUCUAAAGAAAUGUAUUCCAAUAAGUACAGUUCAUAAAUUAUCUGAAAACGUGCCCCGACUUAAAAAAAAUAAUUCACGGAAACGUCCCUUGAGUGGCAUAAUACCACAUUAAUAAAACCGUCGGAAUAAGUAAUAUAUAUGUCGUAAGGUCGGUUGUAAUUGUUUCCACUGUUUAUUUGUAAUAAUGGAAAUUCUUAUUUAUAUUUUUAAAUAGUUUCACUCUAGUAGUCAUUUUACUAAAAUUGAUUAAGCUAUCGCCAUUUGGUUCAAGACCAUGGCUGCAGAAAUCGAAGAUGGUUUCACCUUAUCGUUUGCAUACCACGAUUUAAAUUUCGUUAACAUUACAUACAUGAUUAAUUAAAGAGCGAAAACAAGUUAAGGAGGUGCCCGAUGGAUUUGUGUAUGUGACUGUAUACCAAACCGUUAAACACCCAUGGCCCGAUCGGAAAAUUAUUCUUGAGAAAUGUUCCUAGAAUGCCUAUCUGCUAAACCUGCUAUAGUCAAAUACAUCCUAUGCCAAUUUUAGGUGACAAUUAAACUAGCUUACUUAUACUCUUCCAUCAAGUUUUUUUCUAAGGACCUGUCCCGUGUCAUGUUGAACAAGAACGUAGGUGACCCAUCAAUGGGUCAGCAUGGUCGUGAUGCGAAACCGGUUAUUAUGCACACAUAUUAUCUAUGAUCAUAUUCACUAACACUUUGGUCUAAAAAUAUUUGUUUUAUGUUACAAAACAUCAUUUCUAUCAUCAGUUUCAACAAAAUAAAUGUUUAUGACAGUAAAAUGUAGUGUUGUAAAAUGAACCAUUUUACCACUUAUUUAGGUUUCGCUCCUUUGAAUCCUGAGUCUCAAACUCAGACUCAUGACGACAGUGUAUACAGGCCCUGAACUGUCUGCACAAACCAUCCUACAGUUGCAUGUAGAGAGAUUAUUUAUUUUCUGAUUCUUUCUGCAUCAUGCAAUUGAUUUAGAUUUUUUAAACAAUAACGCCGACUCAUAUAGAGGAGAGUGCGUUUACAGUGAUGUACCAUUAUUGUGUUAUUUUAAUAGAACUGACACUGCUUUUUCCAUAUUGUGUAUGUAUUUCAUGUAAUCUUUCCAUUAGAGCGAAUACGCCAAUUGUCAUGUUUUUUGUUGUUCUUCAAGUGUAUAUAUCUUUUAACCAUAAUAAACUAAUAUUUGUACUGUUACUUACUAAUGCAUCUUAAUAAAAUGUAUAUAAACCA